GCAAUGAGCAGGCAUGUAGAAUGAGCAGUGAGCUGGCUUCAACUUUCUUCACUGACAGAUAUACUACACAUAUUAUACAGUGGUAGGGAUGGCAUAUAACUACCAGAAAGAUUUCCAACCCAUGCUCUUCAGUACCUUUAAACCAAUUCCAGAAAACAAGGAUGUAGCCUGCAGCUACAAAACAUGCCAAGAAGAGACCAGUCUUCCCACAAACAUGGCUGCAGUGGCCAAAAACAAGAAUACUGACACCUCAUCAGCCAUCUUUGUACAGGAGGCAACAAGAAGCACUGGAGCCACCCUGAAACACCAAACAUACCAAUGGUUUGAAAGGACUCAGAGAAUGAGGCUUCUGAAGAAUGGUCGGUUUCCAGACUGGUUCCAUGGAUUUAUUACACGAACCCGAGCAGAAGAAAUAUUACACAGUAAACCACUGGGGUGUUUUCUUAUCCGAUUCUGUGAAAGUCGCAUUGGAUUUGUCCUGUCUUACAGAGGCACUGAGCGCUGCCGCCAUUUUAUGAUUAAUCACCCGGAAGACAAGCGAUAUGUUAUAGAAGGAGAAAAGAGCGUUCAUCUCAGUCUGGAAGAGCUAGUCAAUCACUACUGUAUGUUUCCUGUGGAGCCUUAUAAAGAGAUGCUAACAAUGGCCUGUCCUAUGGUGGAAUAUGCUUCAUCUUCCUCGGCAGUGAAGGUCCCAUCAUUUCUUAGGAAAGACCCAAUACAAAGUCCACAAGACCUGGACCCGCUUAUUGUCUAUGCACCAGUUAAGAAGCCUUCAGGAGAUCAUAAGAGAAAUGAAGAAGAAUCAUGUUCAGUGAAACCUAAUCACAUCCCUUCAGAAGAGAGCCAUACAUACACAGUACCAAUUUUAUGGAAUCAACCAAGAGUGGAGUGCAGCAAUAACGUUAGUGAGCCCAUAGCCUUUUAUGCUGUAGGCCGUGGAUCUUGUAAGGACAAUUUGGAGAAUGUUUACAGUGAGGUGGAUAUAAAUGCCAUACCAUCUUCCCAGUCCAGAGAAGCUAAUAACCGUCACACUGGACUUUCUACUCUUCCUCAUCCUGCACCCAAAGCCAUUAAGACCAAGUCCACAGCUUUCCAUGCAUCAUUCCAUUCUCAUAAGCACGAUGCAAUUCCUCAGGAAGAAGCCAGAAGGGGACAUUUUUCAAGGUCUAAUAUCAAGCCACAUGCCAUCCAGCUAGAUGACCCAACCUAUGGAAAGGGCCAUUUGCAACAUGCAGGUUUAUCUGGUCUAUAUGAGGAAAAUGUCUAUGAGAAGAUUCCAGAAAACUCUGUAGAACAAUUAAAGGACAAUAAACAAAAAAAGAAAGUCAGAUGACAAAUGCUGGUGUUUUAUGAUAGUACAACAACGUUUGAGAUUGUUUUGGCAAAUAAAAAGACAAAAAAAAAACACAUGGAUUUCUGCCCUACUAAGAUAAAUGUAACAAACGAUGACAUUUUUGCAACAAAUCUGCUGUUUGUGAAUCCAGUCAAAAUCAGCAGAGUAGGAAAAACAAAAUCCAGUUUUUACCUAGAAACCAUCUGCUGUGAACUGAUCUUCCCUUCCUAGUAACUUUCUAUAUUUAGUAUCACUCAAAUGUAUACAACAAGGUCUUCCUGUGAACAGACUUUGGAGCUCAUUGACUCAAACAUACACAGACUAUUUAAACAGUUACUGAUGAGGAAUAGGUGGUUGGUACACUUCUGUUCAAGACAGGAAAAACAACAGCUUGCUGAAAUAAAACUUACAAAAAUAAUGAAUAAAAAUGUACUGAAAAUUAACUAAUGAAAAUCAGACAUUGCUUUUGAAUUGUGGUUCAAUAGAAUCAUUUCCAGUUCAAGAUCCAGUUUUUUUUUUCAUCUGUCCAAAGGACAUUGGGGGUGAUUUAUCAAAACAUGUUCAGAGGAAAAAUUGCCCAUAGAAACCAAAUUGCUGGUUUAAUUUUUCACAGGCCUUUUCAAAAAUGAAAGAAGCUUUGUGUCUUGUCCUUUAAACAGAUGAGCAGGGCUGCCAUCAGAAA